GAUAUUUUGUAGGUUAUAAAAUGCUUGUCUAUUAUAAUAAGACGGUUAUAAAUUAGAAAGCUUAUAAAAGGUAACCGCCUGUUUCAAUUAUUGUGGAAAUUAUUACAAAUAGAUACUUUGUAAAAAUAAAAAAAUAGUUUAGUGGGACAAAAAAUUUGGAAUGACCAGUUAGAUGAGAACUACAAACCGUCUUGUAUAAUUUGGUAUCACAACUCUAUAGUAUCUCGUUACCAUGUAGUUAAUUUGUGAUGAUAUUCAUUAUCAGUGAUAACGAAAUAAGUACAACAAACUAGUUGAUAAAUUAAUGUUUUCAAUUUUUAAUAGCAGUGUUUUGAAAUGUUUCGUCGCAGUACAAGUGAGGUAAUCAAAUUAGGUUGUUGUAAUAAAUUACUACACACAUCUAGUACAAAAUGCAAAAAUCGCCGUGAACAUCCACUACUUCGAACAUUUAAAAUAUUGCGAAAUGACUUACAACUCAAUUGGCGAAAUAAGGAUGAAAAGAAAUUGCUUUCCCCUAUGAAUGUUAUUCCACAGUAUACAGACAUUGCAAUAAUUGGUGGAGGAGCUGUAGGUUCAUCAAUCGCAUACUGGUUAAAGGAAAAAACUGGUAGAGGAUUAGAGGUUGUUGUAGUAGAAAAGGAUUUAACAUAUCGUCAAAAUUCAACAGUCUUAAGUGUAGGUGGCUUAAGACAACAAUUUUCAUUGCCUGAGAAUAUUCAGAUGUCUUUAUUUGGGGCAGAGUUUUUAAGAACCCUCAAAAACAGAUUUGGCCCAGAUGCUGAUGUUUAUUUUCAACCUUAUGGCUAUCUUAUGCUUGCUAGUGAAGGAAAUGCACAACAGUUACUUGAUAAUUCAAAAAUGCAAAAGGAAUUUGGAGCUAUCAAUGUUGUUCUUGGUAAAGAUGCUUUAAAAGAAAGAUUUCCAUGGUUAAAUGUCACAGAUGUAGAAGCAGGUUGUUUAGGUCUAGAAAAAGAAGGGUGGUUUGACCCAUGGUCAUUACUGCAACUGCUUCGCCAAGGUGCAGCUAACAAGGGAGCUUACUAUGUGGGUGGAGAAGUAACUGAAUUCAGUUUCACAGAUCAAAGAGAUGUUUUAGUUGACGGAGUAACUCAGGGAACCUAUCAGGGAAUUGAUGAACUAAUUUUUAAAUUACCUUCAGGUGAAGAACGCUCCUUAAAAUUUGCAAUGUGCGUACUUGCAGCUGGUGCUGAAUCUGGUGAAGUAGCCAAACUAUGUAAUAUUGGCACAUCUCGAGGAAUCUUAUCAAUUCCACUACCUGUUGAAAAAAGGAAGAGAUAUGUCUAUCAAUAUGAUUGUCAAGUAAAUCCUCCAAUCCUAAAUACUCCAAUGGUAAUAGAUUAUAGUGGGGCAUAUUUUAGAAGAGAAGGAUUAGGAGGGCGAUUUAUAGGUGGUUUAUCACCUCUUCCAGAAGAAGAACCAAAUACAAACAAUUUAGAUGUUGAUUAUAACUUUUUUGAUGAAAAAGUGUGGCCACUUUUAGCUAAUAGAGUACCUGCUUUCAACUCUAUAAAGGUGAAAAGUGCCUGGAGCGGUUUUUAUGAUUACAAUACCUUUGAUGAAAAUGGUAUCAUUGGACCCCAUCCCUUGUUCCACAAUUUAUUUAUAGCAACAGGAUUUAGUGGACAUGGGAUUCAACAAGCACCGGCGGUAGGCAGGGCCGUUGCAGAAUUAAUUUUGGACGGAGACUUUCGGACCAUAGAUCUUACAAGAUUAGGAUUUGAUAGACUAAUUGUUGAUAAACCCAUGUAUGAAGUGUGCAUAAUUUAGUGAAAUUUGUCCUACAAUGGAGAAAAGAAACCAUUUCCUUGCUUUGAUGCUGCACGUGAUGGUGCAAAGCCCAAAAGUUUUUGAAUAUUUUGUCUAAUAGACAUUGUAC